AUGCCUGUAUCACAUCUUACCUUGACUGUCUCACAUCUCCCCACCUCAACAUCAUUCUUCCUCUCCUGUCUACAGCCCCUGGGAUAUCAGUUUAUUGGUCGUCAUGACGAUUAUAUCGGCUUCGGCCAGAAUCCCGGGGAACCGGCAGAUUUUUGGAUAACGGAGCAAAAACCAGGGGUGCCAGCUGGCGCCGCACAUGUUGCAUUUCCUGCCCCAUCAAAGGAUGCAGUAGGCCAGUUCUUCAUCCACGCAUUGAAGGCUGGCGGGAAGAUUCACGGGGAGCCAAAAACCCGUGAUUCAGAAUCUGGCUACUACAGCGCGGCCAUCAUCGAUGUUGAUGGCAACAGCAUAGAGGCCGUUUACCGUCCGAGCAGCUCAUCAGCUAGGUCGGAGGUUAGCAGGUCGGCUUUGGCUCUUCUCGAGAAUGGCUCGGUUGUAUCAAAGACAACUCCCUCAAUUGUCUCGAAAGCGACAAGCAAAGCCAGCUCUGUCAGGCCCGAGAGCGUGGCUCCUCCCAGAUCUGAAGCUAGAUCCUAUGUUUCUAAGGCGGCGACUGCUGUGGAGCGAGCUGCGCCCUCUGAACGUGGAGUGCCAUCAGUAGUUUCCCGCGAAAUUCAGCCGGCGCCGUCACCAACAUAUGUCGUGCACCACACCACCCAGAAAGCCGACGAUGGUAAGGCAGCGAAGACCAUCGUUGGUACUCUUAUCGGAGCUGCUGCGGGCGCAGCUAUUGCAUACGCAAUGUCGAAAGGCGAUUCAGAACCUUCUGAGGCCACACCCCCGCCCCAAUACUCUCCCCGGGAUUUCGCGCAACUUAUAUCUCCAUCCCAAGCCUCAUCCCCCUCCCAAGAACUGCAAGGCUUCAGAGCCAUCGAGGCUCCCCCGGCCAGAAGUGUCUACUCUCAGUCAGAAGUACGCCCGACUUUGACUCGCAGUGUCACCUCAAAGAACCCUCGUGCAAGCACCAUCUAUGAGGGCUCGGAAUUUGUUCCGCGAGGAGGCGGGGGCAGUGUAUACCUUGAUCAGAACGGACGCCGGGCCUCUGAGGGAAGCGUGUACAGUGGUAACGACUAUCCUAUCAGAGCUAUUGAGUACCCACCAUCGGUUGAUUCCCGGGGUUAUGAGGCCACUCUGAUCAGCAGCUUCCAUGACAAGUCACGAGCGAUGGACAGCGGAAGCGUGUAUUCAUCAUCGACGAUUAGGCCAUCCAAGGCCAACUAUCAAGACUAUCACUCAUCACACAGCUCGCACCAUUCGUCGCACCAUUCUUCUCGUCAUUCUUCCCGCCAUUCAAUUGCAAGAUCUCAUUCCAGCAGCACUGUCUCAGCGACACGUAGUGCCUGCAAUGUCCCCCUCCCCGAAGGCUCUAUAGCAUCAUUUGCUUCCAGCCGCAACGGUGCUAAAUCAGGUGUUUCUGCUCGCAAUAUCCCGCUCCCAGAGAGUGUAUAUGACGAUGUUGACGUCGAAACCAAUGUUACUCCCGAUGAUUCAAUCAGCCAGGUUGAUGAUUCGAGGAGAUCCUCCGUCUCCCAUCGCUCCCACGCCUCUAAAGCGGCUUCCCGGGUUUCUAGACAUUCCAGCAAAUUUGAUGAGCCCGUCAAGCCAAGUGACAGUGUGAGCCAGGUUUCGAGUCAUGCUUCGAGGGCAUCACAGCGGACUAUCAAGGCAGGCGGCAGCGUAGCAGGAGGCUCCAAGGCUCCUUCCAAGGUCAGCAGCCGGAGGGGAAGUCAAGUUGCAUAG